AUGCCUCUUCAAGACGAGUACUGCGGACAGGCUGUCAAGAUCGAAAUGCCUCCGCUCGGAACGCGCAUCUCAAUCAUCCUCGACUCAAACAUCCGGUACGAAGGUACCCUCGAGUCUAUCGACAGCGAGGGUGGCAACUUCAUCAUUCUCCGACGCGUUGAUCUACAUGGCACAGAAGACAGACCGUCCAAGCGCUAUAAUCAUGAGUCGGCCUACGCCAACUAUGCGGAUUCGGUGCGCUUUACAGUGCACCGUAUCAAGAAGGUGGAGAUCGUUGAAGAGAAUUUCGAGCACAGCGAAAAUCACGUCUCGACUUCCGCGCAGCCGGCCCACCUCCCGGUUGCUACCUCGUCCUCUAUCUUGUCCAUGGCCAGCUCUAUCGAGCAGCUCACGGCUUCUUCUUCCCCGCCAAAGCAACACGAGUCUAUGGAGCUGCUCAGCAAGCAAGAAGAGCUGAAGGCUCGCGAGCGUCAAGUCGCGAAACUCGAGCGCAUCAUCCACGACAAGGAAGUGACUAUCAGUCACCAGAAGCGUGACCUGAUUGAGCGCGUCGCUGCAAUCUCACAGCGUGAGAAGAGGUUGGACCAUCUCUCUCGUGAGUUGGAGUCAACGCUCGGCCAGUCUGAGGAGCUUGAGGAGCAGGUUGAGGAGGAAGAUGCCGAGGAGUGGGAUAUGUGUAACUGA